CCCUGGAGUCCGCGUCCUAUUGAGGUGACCCUAUCCACAGCCUGUCAAAGCUACCAAGGUUGAGAAAUCGUCAGACCGCUUCAACCUGUGCUGUCCGAUACUUCACUUUUUCUUCCGCAGAAAAGCGGCAAGCAAACUUUCACAUACGCUUUCUUAAACCACCAGCUACGCACUGUGCUCCUCCCACAACUUAUCCGCACUCUGUCGACCACGACACCGAUGACACGCUCCUCCAGAAUGGACGCUCCAGCACAUCAUAACGACGCCCCACCGCAGUACGCUCGAGACGGCAUCGCCAACCCCACGGCACAACCCGACCACGACGUCUACCUCUUCUUCUCAACCAUGUCUUCUACCCACUACUCUUGGCUCUCGCUCACGUUCCCGCCGGUGCUUCUCGAAUUCGUCUUCCCCGUCACAUGUCUCCUCGCGAUGGGCUUCUUCCUUGCGUUGGCAGUUUAUUGGAUAAGGACGGUGUGGAUUGCCUAGACAAUUUGGCCGAGGAUGGUAGAAGCUAUGGGCAGACAGACCGGGAGUUCGGUGAAUGUGAGGCACUUCGGGCUCUGCUGGAUCGGUUUCGUAGGAGUUUACUGCAGAAAGUCUGUUCGAGGUUGGCUUGAGGAUUCAGAGACGUUUAUGCUGCUGGGUUGGG